AUAACGCAGUCGCCAUUUUGCCAACUUAGCUGUAUGCCGUGUUGUGGGACAAGAAGAUUCAGCUGAUAUUCACAAACACGCCCCCCCUUUUUUCCCUGCCUCCUUCCUUCUCACAAAUCACCUCUCCCCGCCUUCUUCCAUCACAAGCUCCUGCUGUAGGGCAGUGGAGCGCCCCUGGGUUUCUGUGUCAUUAUUUGUUGUCCUUGUUUCUCGGACUGUCCGUGACAACGGGGGUUGGGAUGGGGGAAAGCUGCUAAACUGGCAGAGCAAGAAGGGGAGUCUGAGGCAACACGUGACUCUGGGAGUAACGGAGGGAGGAUGAGCUGCAGGGAGCGCUGAGUGUCCAGCUGCCGAGACAAGUGCGAAGGGCUUCAUUCAGCCGGAGCUUGGGCUGUGUAAAAGGCGACACGGCGACCAUCCAUUGUGCGGCGCUGGAUUUCUCCUCCUUGGCUCUGUCUCAUGUUGUAUUGACAGCAUGUGAAGCGGCUGAUGCAUCACGGAGCGUGGUUUCCAUGUGUGCGGAUUGCUGGCUCAUCGGCGCGUCUGUAGAGUACCUGCGGCAGGGGAGCUUUUCAGAGUGGAGCUGGGCCUCAUCGUGGAUGUUUGCAGUUGCAGGCAGCAGGCCGAUCGGAGUUCCCAGUCACUGGCACGUAGCCACUCUUGUCAUGCGCUGCUUUCCAUGCUAGAGAGCGCUUGUCACCAACCCGAAUUCCCCCAGCACCACCUACAGUAUCUUAGCUACAAGCACCGGCGCAAUCCUUCUCCAGCUGCCGACCCAGCCAAAGCCCCGGGGUCACAUCCCAGAGUUACAGCAGAAGCAGGAGCGGCGCUGUCAGGUUGAGCGCUAAGGAGAGAGCGCAAAGUCAGAAAGAAAUGUGUUGGUGCCCGACUCUGAAAAAGAAUGCCUCUGGUUAAAAGAAACAUCGAUCCUCGGCACUUGUGCCAUACUGCCCUUCCCAGAGGAAUCAAGAAUGAACUGGAAUGUGUUACUAACAUUUCGCUGGCCAAUAUAAUUAGACAGUUAAGUAGUCUAAGUAAAUAUGCAGAAGAUGUAUUUGGGGAACUCUUUAAUGAGGCGCACAGUUUCUCCUUCCGAGUUAACUCUCUUCAAGAACGUGUAGACAGGUUAUCUGUUAGUGUAACACAGCUUGACCCAAAAGAGGAAGAACUGUCACUGCAGGACAUCACAAUGAGAAAAGCAUUUCGGAGUUCAACUAUUCAAGAUCAGCAAUUGUUUCACCGCAGGACAUUGCCAAUUCCUCUUCAUGAAACUUAUGAACUAUGUGAACAUCCUCCACCACUUAAUAUACUAUCUCCCUACAGAGAUGAUGGCAAAGAGGGCUUGAAGUUUUAUACCAAUCCAUCGUACUUCUUUGACUUAUGGAAAGAAAAGAUGUUGCAGGACACAGAAGACAAGCGGAAAGAAAAGAGAAAGCAAAAACAAAAGAAUAUCGAUCGUCCUCAAGAACCAGAAAAAGUGCCUCGGCUUCCACAUGACAGGCGUCGUGAAUGGCAAAAGUUGGCUCAGGGAUUGGAAUUGGCUGAGGAUGAUGUAGAUCUUCAUCUUAAUCAUAAGCAUAUAGAAAUCGCCAAUGGACCAGCUUCUCAUUUUGAUACAAGGCCCCAGGCAUAUGGUGAAAACAUCGAUGGGCCGUUUUCACUUGCAGCACUACCAUUUAGUCAGAUGAAUGAUCUUCUGAACAGAGUUGAAGACAGAGUGUUGGUUAGACCUCAUGAACCGCCACCACCUCCACCAGUGCAUGCCCCUGGGGAUGGAAAGGCAAUGCCUCAAAUUAUUAGUGCAACACCAGGAUUAAGUGAGAACAGACCACAAUCUCCUGCCAUGGGUAGAACACCAGGCUUCGCCAGCCCUUCACCACCACCACCUCCUCCUCCACUACCUCCACCACCUCCACCUCUUCCAUCUGCUCUUUCGGCUUCCUCAUUACGAUCAUCAAUAUCCUCUACUCCUCCCCCUCCAAUCCCACCACCACCUCCACCACCUACAACUGCCAUUCAGACUACUGUUGUUCCUCCUCCACCAACACCCCUACAAAUUGCUCCUGGUGUUCUCCACCCAGCUCCACCUCCUAUAGCACCUCCACUUGUACAACCAUCUCCAUCUGUUACACGAGUUGCUCAGAUCAGUGAAAAUGUUCCUGCUCCACAAAUCGAAGCGCCAGGUCUUCCUCCACCACCUCCUCCUCCACCUUUACCUCCUAUUGCAGUCCCACCUCUUUCUCAUCCUGCUGGUGUCCACCCUGUUGCUUCCAUUGUACCUGGUUCUCACGUUGCAUUACUGCCCCCAUCGCCACCAUCACAAGGCCCUGAACCUAAGAGGCACCCCUCAACACUCCCAGUCAUCAGUGAUGCUAGAAGUGUACUUCUGGAAGCAAUAAGAAAAGGAAUCCAGCUUCGCAAAGUAGAAGAACAGCGCGAACAGGAAGCAAAACACGAGCGCGUUGAAAAUGAUGUGGCCACUAUCCUCUCGCGUCGCAUUGCUGUGGAAUAUAGUGAUUCUGAAGACGAUUCUGAGUUUGAUGAGGUGGAAUGGCUAGAAUAGAGCAUAUUUGAUAUAGAUAUACACUACAAACUGGAAUGCAGAUGUAAACUGUGGUGCUUGUCCAUUGAAAAUGUUUGGUUAUUUCUAGUGUUUUGUAUCUCUAUUACUUUACACCACCAGACUAAAUCAUGUUUUUUGUACUUUUAGUUUACAGUAAAACUAGAAAUCUUGACAUUUUUCAGUGGCUUUUUACACUUCUUUGGAGGACACUCAUUUUCUUUCAAUAGACCACUAAGUAUUACAAUUGGCAGCUGUCAAGUUGUAGAAUAGGAAGGGUAUUAUUUUUUUAAUGUACUACUUGUGCACUUUGUGAAUUUUAAGUUAAUGAAGGAAACCAGAGAUUGAAAUUCCAAGGGCAGCUUGUAUCUAACUAAUCUAUUUAAUUUAAAAUGAAUUGUUUUUACAACCUUGUUGUCAAAUCCCACUGCUAUACAUUAGGGGCAGAUUUAUCAAAGGUCGUGUACUUUAACUAGGGAAUAGUACAAAAUUGAUUUGAAUUUAAAAAAACAAAUCAUUUACUGUCUCUUUAAAAAUUCGACUUCAACCAUUCGUCAUCUAAAACCUGCCAAAUUGCUGUUUUAGCCUAUUGGGGACCUCCUAGAACCUAUUUGGAGUCAAUAGGUGGACUUCAGGGGGUUUUUUGGGAAAAAAAUUGAAUGCAAUAUUACUCUGAAUCGUACUAUUCGAUCGAAAACUGACCUAUUCAGCCAAUAAAAAACUUUGAUUUAAUUUCAGUUGGUCUUUUUUGAAUUCGUAUUUCGAAGUUUUUCAAAUUCGUAAUUCGACCCUUGAUAAAUCUGGUCCCAGGUCAUUACACUGAGAAAAUUAUUUAAAUUGAUAGAAAUCAAAGAUAAAAGAAUUCUACUAUUUUUUUUUAUGGCCUUAUAUGAAUGCUACGUUUUUUUUUAUGUACAUGUUGUAUGGUACUAUUUUGCCUGUAUGCUAAAUGGAAAAAAAAACAAGAUCCAUGUGAAAUAUUAUUUUAAACAUUCUGUGUAACUUAUGUAACUGUUUAAGAACAGUUUGAUUUAAUAAAUUCAUCAUUUUAAAUGGA